GAACCUCUCAGCAUGAUGGCAUGGUUCUAGAUUUGAAGAAGAUGCAAUGCUUCCUUCAUGUUUGUUAUGCAACGGUUAUUGAUUCAUGUUUAUAUUUGCAAAUGGAGGAUUGUUACAUAUAAAAGCCUUGACAACAACUUAACUGUGUAUAACCAAUUGUAAUCCAGGUUUGUCCUCGGCAUCAUUGGAGAUAACUGAAUCAGAAAAUGGACCGAGUGGGAUCUUCUCGGGAAACCUUUCUUUAGAUGUGUCUCAGGAUUCAAAAUGGAAUAUGAUAAGAAGCGGCUUCUGUGGAAUGCGAUCCAAAAAGUUUGAUGGAUUUAUAGAUUUGGAUUCGUACGAUACUAUUGCGAUGAAACUCAAAGGAGAUGGAAGAUGCUAUAUAUCUACUAUCUACACAGAAAAUUGGGUAUGUUCACCUGGAGAGCAGGAGGAUAAUUCGUGGCAAGCUUUUGUUUUUAUUCCCAAAGACAACUGGUAUAUUGCAAAAAUUCCUCUUGCUCGAUAUUUACCUACUUGGAGAGGGAACGUUAUCGAUGAAGAGAUGGAAAUGAACCCAUCUCGCAUUCUUGGCAUGUCUCUCUCUGUCAAUGCUGAGGGUGGCGUCCCAGGUGCAAGAUCUGGACCUGGUGAUUUCAGAGUUGAACUUGAUUGGAUCAAGGCCUUGAGAACUCAAUGAAAUCAUGAAGAUUCUCUUUGCAGCUGAAGAAUUUUGAUCCUCUUGUAUAAUGAUGAUAUAAUAAUAAUGUAUCUCAUGUUUUGGGAGAGGGGAAACAUUCAUGAAUCAUUCUUGUAUCGACAAAAUUUGGAAUUGAUGGCUCGAGCUUUGUAGCAUAUUUAAUAUUUUAGAAAGGAAGUAGUCAUUUUAUGGUUCA